AUAGUUUCUGCCACCCCUCGUCGUCGCUGUAAUUAUAAUGUGCAUUUGUUUUUGUCCAAAAUUGUCUGUUCAAAAUUCUGUUCCAGCCUCUAAUCGCAUUUUGAUAAUGCGAUCACGGUGAACGCCACGUAAAAUGGUGUAGUGCAGCUUAAAUAGUUAAAAACGUUUAUGUUCGUUCUGUAUUUAUUUUGUUCAAUUAAUAAGAGUCAAGUCAGCAAAAAAGUGACCCAGACACACCAGCUGAUCCAAAGCAAAGGCCCCCAGCCAGCCAGCCAGCUUGCCAGCAGACAGACUCAUCACACCUGCUACGAAUAAAGGGGAUUUAUUUACAAAACUGGCACUUCUGCAGGAUCUAAACAUUGCCUGGAUAUAAGAAUAACAACAAUUUGAUUGAUAAUGGCGCUGUCCAGGAAUUUGAUAUCAAAGAUCUAUGACAUAAAGGCACACGAUGGCAAAGUCACCAGCCUCGAUCUGGGUGAAACGGGCCGUGUGCUGGUCACCGGCGGCGAGGAUCGCAAUGUCAAUCUCUGGGCCAUUGGCCAGAACGAAUGCUUUAUGUCCCUAACUGGUCAUAAUCGUUCCAUUGAUUGCGUACGCUUUGCAUAUAAAGACAAUUUUGUUUACUCUGCCGAUGAUAUUGGCAUCAUACGGCGUUGGGAUCUCAAUGCCCAGAAGAUAUACUCAACGCUCAAUGGCCACAUGAAGAGUGUGCGGACUCUGGACUUUAAUCCCUCCGGGGAGUAUGUGGUAUCCGGCAGCAAUGACACCACCGUCAGACUCUGGGACGUGCAGAAUGAAAACAAUUGCAUUCGAGUGUGCCGUGGCCAUGUGUCGCAUGUGAACUCUGUUAAGUUCUCACCGGACGGACUGUGGAUUGCUUCCGCUGGCCUGGAGGGAUCCAUACUCAUCUGGGACAUACGAAAGAGCAAACAGAUUAUGGAGUUUAUAGCCGAGCCGCCAGUCACGGCCAUCACAUGCAUACAGUUCCAUCCGUUUGAGUUUCUGCUCGCCGCUGGACGCAUCGACGGCACUGUGUCCAUUUAUGAUCUGGAGCAUCAGCAGCUUGUCUCGCAGACCACACAUUUCUAUGGCCAGGCCAUCCGAUGCAUAACGUUCAGUGACAAUGGUGAAUGCCUCUUUGUGGGCAGUGUUUCGGGCAUCUCUGUGAUUGGCUGGGAGCCCGAUCGUGAGCUGGAUCACAUAAAGGGCACCUGGUCCUCGCUGGGCGACAUGAAAGUGGUCAACAAUAAGCUGAUCUGUGGCUGUCAUGAAAUCGAUGCUGUGUCCAUUAAUACCAUAAGCCUGGACCGUGUGAUACCGUUCUACCAGCCGCCGAAUACCCUGCCCAACUUCAAGCACAAUUCAACGAGCCGAAAGAGUUUCACGCGCGGCAAUCAAAAGUUUCGCUUAUCUCUGGGCGGCUCCAAGCCCGCCCAGGUCAAGGAGGAGCAGGAGCAUGACAAUAAAGGUCCCAAUUUUGAUGAUCUAUCAUCGCCCAAUCUGAGUCUGGAGGUUUUGAAUGAGGCCGUACUGGAAUCGACAGAAACAUCGCCCAUGACGUCGCUGCAGCAGGUCGGUAUAUCGGCUCCUGGCGAGCCUGUGCAUCCGUAUAGCGUUGGCAUUGAUACUACACAGCUGCGGCACACGAAAUUCUCGCGCCUGCCCGACAACAUGAUCUACAACAUAGACACAAACUACAGCAGCUACAGCAGCGGCAUGGAUGUGGGUGUCGGUUCCAGUUCCAGCCGCCACUUGCAGCUGAAUGGCCCCAGCUCGCUGCAUGCGGUGGAGAACUAUAACAAUAUUUAUCCGCCAGAGAAGGAGGAGGAUGACGAUGCCGAAGCGGAUGUGCAGCAUUUGGAGUACAAUCUGAAUGAGAGCAAUGCGCCAAUACUGUCCAAUUAUGAUAACUACGAGAUGGCCGAGGAUUUUCCAGUCAAUCAGAAUUUAAACUUUUUGGUCAAUAGCUAUAAGGCAGUGCCGCCGUUCUCGUCCACAAUAAAUGCCUCGUCCAAGUCGAUCAAGAAAACGACAACAAAUCUGCACAAGCGCGGCACGGGCAUCAGCAACACCAAACAGACAUCGACGGCGAUUUUCGGCAGCAAUAAGCUGAGCCAAGUGUCGUCGGUUAGUUCGAUGGAGCUGCACAAGCUGGACGAUAAUAUGAUACUCAAGAAAUCAUCCUCCUCGAAUGUGGUUAACAAGAACAAACGGCCAAUGGGCGCGACCGCACACAGCCAGUUCUACAAGGAGAAUAGCCAACAGAAGAACAUUAAUGUGGAGAUAAUCACAAAGCCGCCAAUGAGGUCACGCACCACACUAGAUAUGCGCAUAUCGCAUCAAAAUAAAACUCAGGAAAAGCAUACACACCAGCCACUCAACAAUCAUCGCAUCAUAGCGGAUGAUCAUCAGGACUUUGAUUUCCUAUCCAGAUCACACGAGGCUGUGCUGCAGGAAUUGAGCAAUCGCCAGACCAGCCUGGAUCUGCUAAGACACUCCACAAGAUCGCACGAUGUGCUGGGCGCCCUGAAGCAAGCUAGGAAUACCGGACGCUCCAUCUUUAUAGAUCUGCUGGGCGCCAUACUAGAGAAACCGUCCUCGUGGAACUUGGAUUUCUGCAUAUUCGUUUUGCCAGAGAUAUUUGAACUGUUGCAAAGUCAGCACAAGUUCCACUUUACCAGAGCCUGUGAUACGUUGCGUAUCAUUUUGUCAAACUUCUUGCCAACCAUACAGGAGAACCUCGACCCCUGGGCGGCCAAUGGCUUGGGCGUGGAUGUGACGCGGGAGGAUCGUCAGCGGAAAUGCGCCGAAUGCCAGCGUUGGCUGUUGCAGAUCAAGAAUCUGCCCGAAAGUAUUCACUUUGGGGGCACGCUGUCACAAUUGCAGAAUAUAAUUAUUUUUUAAAACUCGUUCACAAGCAUAUGUAUAUCUGUAGCCUGUAAAUUGUCCACGGGGUUCAGAUUAGAUCCAGGCUCUUGAACGAUUAUAUCCAACCCACUGUGCAGGAACAGACAGUUCCUUUAUUUAUUUUUU